CUUUGAGCCACAGCCCCGUGACUGAGUUAAACAUGAGCAACUCUCAACGGUGAGGUGAGUUGAGAUAAGUUGAGGUGAGAUGAGGUGAGUUGCGAUGAGGUGAUUUGAGGUGAGUUGAGGUGAGGUGACGUGAGUUGAGGUGAGGGGAGUUGAGUUACGAUAAGGUGUGUGAGGAUGAGGAUUUGAGACGAGGCGAUCCGAGUCUUAUUAAGCCACCCCUGGAUUGGAGACGUCUGUACUCGCUCACACGUCAACACAUUCUGGGGCACGCCUUGUGACACGCAAAUCAAACUGAAAGACUUCCUACUUGUCAUCUAUUAACGUGGCUUGUUCCUUGUUUAGCGUCUGAGACGCAGCCAGAGACUGCCUGAGAUACAGAGACUGUCUGAGCUACAACCAGAAACUGCCAGCGAUACAGAUAUAGACUGCCUGAGAUACAGACAGAGACUGUCUGAGCUACAGCGAGAGACUGCCUGAGCUACAGCCAGCUACUGCCUGAGAUACAGCCAGUGACUGUGCUACAGCCAGAUACACUCUGUGCUACAGCCAGUGACUAUCUGAGCUAUAUCCAGAGACUGUGCUACAGCAAGAAAACUGCCUGAGCAACAUCCAGACACUACCUGAGCUUCAGCCAGCGCCCGUCUGAGUGGAGCCACAGGACCAUGGCGAGUGCGGCUCCCACUGGUUGCGAGGCUCCAGGGGAGUUAACCUGCCCCAUCUGUCUGGACGAGUUCUGCUGCCCCUGUACGCUCAGCUGCGGCCACUCGUUCUGCCUCAAGUGCGUGGAGGGCGCCUGGGAUGCGGCAGAGUCCUUCUCCUGCCCACAGUGCCGAGUGACCUUCCCUCAGAGGCCCCAGCUGAACAAGAGCGUGACGCUCACCAACCUGGUGGAGCAGCGCAGUGCCACAGAUGAAUUGGCCACCGUGGUCUUGUGUGACUUCUGCAACGAUGGCACGACCGCUGCCUCGAAGACCUGCCUCAGGUGUGAUAUGUCCUACUGUGUGACUCAUGUAAAGCCUCAUCAGGAGAACCCGAAGUUCAGGGGCCACAUUCUGGUGGAUCCAGACACGAAUCCUGAAGACCGCAAAUGCAAGAAACACAGAAAGGAGCUCGAGUUUUACUGCCGACAGGACAAGAGCUUGGUCUGCACAACCUGCACCAUUGCAGGAGACCACAAGGGUCACGAUGUGGCUACGUUGGAGGAUGAGCACAAGACACGGGAGAAACAAGUGGGAGAGGAGACGCGGGCGGUGGAGGAGAAGAGGAGGGAGGCGGAGGAGUCCAUAAGGCGGAUGGAGGCCGCUCGCAGGGACGUGCAGGGAUCCAUGACAGAUGAAAAGGCCUCAAUCUCGGUCAGAUUCGCCAGUGCGAGGGCAGCGUUGGAUGCAGAGGAGAAGACGGCUUUAGAGCAAGCGGAGCAGAAAGGACGCAAGAUCCUGUCCCAGAUCGAGAAGAAGAUCGCUCACGACCAGCACGAGAUCAGCGAGCUCCAGGCAGCAGCCACUCGCCUGCAGGCCCUAGCGCAGGAGAGGGACUCGCUCGCGUUCCUGCAGGGGCACCUGGAGGAGAUGUGCAGGACAGGGAGGUUUACAGCAGAUCCACCCUCAUGUCCUAGCCAAGAGGACAUUGCCUCGCUUAAAGGCACCGAGGAAACUGUGGCCAAAUUCCUGUACGGACGCUCACCAACUCUGGACACAAACUCAGCUCAUAACCAACUCCAGAUCUCCUCGGAUCUCAGGACGAUGACGUGGACCAGUGACUCCCAGGGUCGCCCCGAUCACCCACACCGGUUUGAGUGCUUUCCACAAGCCCUGUGCUGUGAGAGCUUCUCGUCGGGCCACCACUACUGGGAGGUGGACGUGGGGGACGCGCGGUGGUGUCGGGUUGGAGUCGCGUACGGGACGAUCCCACGGAAAGGGCGUGGUGAUGCACAGCUGCUGGGAGGGAGCGACGCGUCCUGGUGUUUAGAGAAAUGUGACGACAACUUCUCAGUGUUUCAUGGUGGAGUGAAGACUGCACUGUCGGUGAGGGGGGCCCCCUCCCCCCGCAGAAUCGGGCUUCACCUGCACUGGGAGGGGGGGCUCCUGGCGUUUUACCGCGCCGACUCCAUGGAGGUGAUCCACGAGGUCCGGCAGAGAUUCUCGCAGCCUCUCUACCCUGGGAUGUGGGUGGGGUAUUUUAAUGAACCAUUGAAGAUCGUGGAUCUGAGUCGUGCAUCCUGAGGAUGAGGAGAGAUAGAAACCCAAGAAACCGAGACAGAAACCAAAUAAACGGAGGAGAGGGUGGAUGGUGAGGAGAGGGUGAAGUGAGGGUGAUGGGAAGGUGGAACAGAGUGUGAGGUAAUGUGAUGGUGAGGGAAGAAUGGAGGAGAAGGUGACAGGUGAGCAUGGAGGGGUAGGAUGAGGGGGGAGGGUGAGGUUCAGGUUGGCGUGCGUGAGCGAUGUCGCCGGUGCAGUACAAAUCGCAGGUUCGUGUGGCCGCUCCUUCGCCUGCAGUGCGCGAUUGCGUCACCACGCCUCCUCAUCCCUGUGAUUCACCAUCAUCACCAACAUCACCAUCAUCACCAACAUCAUUACCCCAUCAUCAUCACUGUCAUCAUCACCCCAUCAUCAUCACUACCAUCAAUACCAUCAACACCAUCACUACCAUCUUCA